AUGAUGUGCCAUUUUCAGCUGAACUGGGGUGGCGCAUAUGGCGAGGUCCUCAUCAACAACCACGGCCUGUCCCGUAAACACAUCAUCGAAGGCCUUCGUAACGCCUUGCAACGUCUCGACCUCGAGUAUGUCGACAUUGUCUACGCCCAUCGCCCAGACCGUUUGACUCCGAUGGAGGAGACCGUGCGCGCCUUCAACCACGUCAUCGAGAUCAAGGGCUGGGCCAUGUAUUGGGGCACAAGCGAGUGGUCUGCGGAUGAGAUUGCCGAAGCCUGCGGCAUUGCCAAGUCGCUAGGCUUGAUUCCUCCAGUAGUCGAGCAGCCUAUGUAUAACCUGCUCUCGAGAAAAAAAGUCGAGGGAGAGUUCCAGCGCUUGUAUGACCGGGUCGGACUCGGCUUGACUACAUUCAGUCCGUUGUAUUUUGGACUUCUAAGCGGCAAGUACAAUGAGAGCACUGACAAGCCCCCGGUUGGCUCGAGAUUUGCCAAUGAAGUAGGGAAAAUGAAGGGUGCGUAUUGGAACGAUACAUGGAAGGAGAAUAUUAGGAAAGUCGUGAAGCUGAAAGUGCGUUGA